CUGCUCUCCACAGGCAGGCGGGGAGGUGUGUGCGGUACAGCGGGAGGCAGCAGUGACGGCACCGGGUGGAUUUGUGCUGUAGAAGGGAGAGGAUGAUGGCGACUGGAGAAGUCCCGGCUGAGCAAGCUGCUGAAUAUGUUCCGGAAAAGGUGAAGAAAGCGGAAAAGAAAUUGGAAGACAAUCCGUAUGACCUUGAUGCAUGGAGCAUUCUCAUUCGCGAGGCACAGAAUCAGCCUAUAGACAAAGCACGGAAGACAUAUGAGCGACUUGUUGCCCAGUUCCCGAGCUCUGGCAGAUUCUGGAAACUUUACAUUGAAGCAGAGGUAAAAGCUAAAAAUUAUGACAAAGUUGAAAAGCUGUUCCAGAGGUGCCUCAUGAAAGUCUUGCACAUAGAUCUGUGGAAAUGCUAUGUGUCCUAUGUGCGGGAAACCAAAGGGAAACUGCCAAGUUACAAGGAGAAAAUGGCACAGGCAUAUGACUUUGCGCUUGAUAAAAUUGGCAUGGAAAUCAUGUCCUAUCAGAUAUGGGUCGACUACAUCAAUUUCCUGAAAGGAGUAGAAGCUGUGGGAUCUUAUGCUGAGAACCAAAGGAUUACAGCCGUCCGCAGAGUUUACCAGCGAGGCUGUGUCAACCCCAUGAUUAACAUCGAACAGCUUUGGAGGGAUUACAACAAGUAUGAAGAGGGUAUCAACAUCCAUUUGGCAAAGAAAAUGAUUGAAGACAGAAGUAGAGAUUACAUGAAUGCAAGAAGAGUUGCAAAGGAAUAUGAAACAGUGAUGAAAGGUCUGGAUCGCAAUGCUCCUUCCGUGCCUCCUCAAAACACACCCCAGGAAGCACAGCAGGUGGAAAUGUGGAAAAAAUAUAUACAGUGGGAGAAGAGUAACCCUCUGCGAACAGAGGACCAGACCCUAAUAACAAAAAGAGUUAUGUUUGCAUAUGAGCAGUGUUUGUUGGUACUGGGACAUCAUCCGGACAUCUGGUAUGAAGCCGGACAAUACCUUGAACAAUCUAGCAAGCUGCUUGCUGAAAAAGGGGACAUGAACAACGCUAAACUGUUCAGCGAUGAAGCUGCCAAUAUCUAUGAGCGGGCAAUCAGUACACUUCUAAAGAAAAACAUGUUGCUGUAUUUUGCCUACGCAGACUACGAAGAGAGCCGAAUGAAGUAUGAAAAAACACACAGCAUAUACAACAGAUUACUCGCCAUAGAAGAUAUAGAUCCCACCUUGGUCUAUAUUCAGUACAUGAAGUUUGCUAGGAGAGCUGAGGGCAUCAAAUCUGGGAGAAUGAUUUUCAAGAAAGCCAGGGAAGAUCCCAGGACCCGUCAUCACGUUUACGUCACUGCAGCCUUAAUGGAGUAUUACUGUAGCAAGGAUACAUCGGUGGCCUUCAAGAUUUUUGAGUUAGGACUAAAGAAAUAUGGAGACAUCCCUGAAUAUGUCCUUGCCUACAUAGAUUAUUUGUCUCACCUUAAUGAGGACAAUAACACAAGAGUAUUAUUUGAACGCGUUUUAACAUCAGGAAGUUUGCCUCCCGAAAAAUCAGGUGAGAUUUGGGCACGCUUCCUGGCCUUUGAAAGUAACAUUGGAGAUUUAGCUAGUAUACUGAAAGUGGAAAAAAGGAGAUACACAGCAUUCAAGGAGGAGUAUGAAGGGAAGGAGACAGCACUUCUUGUGGAUAGAUACAAAUUUAUGGACUUGUACCCCUGCUCCACAAGUGAACUGAAAGCUUUGGGAUACAAGGAUGUAUCGAGAGCCAAACUGGCAGCACUAAUCCCAGACCCUGUGAUAGCUCCAUCCAUAGCCCCUUCACUGAAGGAUGAUGUUGACCGAAAACCAGAGUAUCCCAAACCUGACACGUCCCAGAUGAUCCCUUUCCAGCCGCGACAUUUAGCUCCACCUGGACUCCAUCCUGUUCCUGGCGGAGUAUUCCCAGUCCCUCCAGCUGCAGUGAUCUUAAUGAAGCUGCUUCCACCCCCCAUUUGCUUCCAGGGCCCAUUCGUACAGGUUGAUGAGAUUAUGGAAAUCUUGCGGAGGUGCAAGCUGCCGGACACAGUGGAAGAGGCGGUGAGGAUCAUUACAGGAAGCCAGGCAGAGAUGAACAUGGAGGGGAACGGACCAGUUGAAGUCAACACACUACUAAAUAAAUCUGUGAAAAGACCCAACGAGGAUUCCGACGAUGAAGAAGAGAAGGGGUCUGUGGUUCCUCCCGUCCACGAUAUAUACAGAACCCGGCAGCAGAAGAGAAUCCGGUGAAGAUUUUGCUUUUCUUUAAAAUUACAGAAAAAAAAUUCCAAACAAGAAACUUUUUAUUGAACAUUUCUGCCAUCAAACCUUGCGCCAUAUGAACCUCCAUAUUGUUACGAGCGUCAGACUAAUCUGUGUUCUUGUGGUGCGGCUAAAAGGUUUCUGGUGUUAUCAACAACAAAUACUAUUACUGUUGGUUUUUUUCCCCUUGAAGAGGGAGCGGAUGGAAACAUGUAAACGGCGCAGAUCCUAAAAUCGACUUACCUUUUCUUCAUCUGUAUUUUUUAUGCGCAGCUGGGAAAGCUUUGUCGGUUUUAUUUCGAAGACUGAUCAGCUUUGGGAACGUCCGAGGCUUGUUGGUUUUUUUUUUUAAUUCACUUAUUUCAGUUACAGUUGUUGGCCAGUUUGCCCAGCCUUUUUCCUGCCUUUUUUAUUGCUGAUAAUACUACAGAGCUCUGUGGGUUUUUAUCUCUAGCUCCGAGAGCUGAUUUCCAUCAAAUAAAGGGGAGCUGCGCCGGCUGUGCCUACUCUACCCUUUGAUUUUAUCUCUGCACAAUUGCUGCUAUUUUUAAAUGACACUGUGGAUCUCCAAUCAGCUGUCGGCUCCUCCCCAAUACUUACUAGGCAUAGCCUUUCUCAUCCAGUCGCUUUUCAGGCUCAAGCAGUGUUGCCUUUUUUGUUUUUUUGUUUUUUUAAUGUAAUUGCAUUGCAGAAAAUGGUUCAUAACUAAACCCUUUCUUUACUGACCGCAAAGGGUUAAAACGAAAGGUGGGGAUUCACUGUAUUGUUUCAGGAGGGAAUGUUCUGCCUGGUAAAUGGCGUCUUAGAUUUGAUAAACUGCAAUGUUUGAUUUUCAAGGAAACGUUGUUAUUUUGAGGAAAAAUAAAAAGAAUUAACUUUA